AUGGAUUUCCAGGAGCUGGAGGCGGCGGAGGGGCUGCGUUUCUCGUGGAACGUGUGGCCCUCGUCGCGCCUCGAGGCGGCGCGCUGCGUCGUGCCCUUCGGCGCGGUCUUCACGCCGCUCGCGGAAAUCGCGGAUCUGCAGGUCGUUCCGCAUCCGCCGCUGCUCUGCAAGGCGUGCGGCGCCGCGCUCAACCCUUACUGCGCGCUGCACUGCGGCACCCGCUCGUGGGCGUGCGCGCUGUGCCAGCAGAGGAACCUCUUCCCGCCCAACUACAGGGAUGUGAGCGAGACCAACCUGCCCAUGGAGCUCUCGCCCAGCCUCAGUACCAUCGAGUUCCUCCUGCCGCACGCCGCCACUCCCCAGCCCGCGUUCCUCUUUGUGCUGGACACGUGUGUAUCCCCUGAUGAGCUACACCACGCCAAGGCAGCCCUUCUACAGCUGCUGCCACUGCUACCAGUCACCUGCCCAGUGGGCCUCAUCACAGUGGGCGCACAGGUGGCCGUGCACGAACUCUCUCACUCCCUCCCUCACUCCCUUCCUCACUCGCUCCCUCACUCUCAAGCCGGCCCGCUGUCGUCUCGUGUGGUGCUGCUACCGGGGGACAAGGACCUGCCUCCCAGCAAGAUAAAGCACCUCCUGGGGUUGGGGUUGCCUCUGCCUCACUCGCUGUCUACACCAUCCAACACCACACCCAGCAGCAGCAGCAACCACAUCAAAGGGGCUCCUCCCACUGGCAAGCUGUCCUCUCCCAAGGGCCCUCUCUCGCCGCGAUCCUCUUCCUCCUCCCAGUCCUCAUCCUCCCACGUGUCACCACCAUCGUUGUCCACGUCAGCAGAGCCUGUGUCCUCGUCGCCGCCCCCGCCGUCACUGGUACUGGGCGGCAGAGGGGCGGCAGAUGGGCGGUACCUGGUGUCUCUGGUGGAGGGAGAGGGCGUGCUGAGGGGCGUCAUAGCAGCACUACAGCCGGACUCACAGCCAGUGGUGCCAGGGGUCAGACCCCACCGAGCCGUAGGCGCAGCUUUAGGAGCCGCCGUGGCUGUGAUGGAGGCUCGGGGAGAGCAGGGGUCGGCAGAGGAGGGGGGGAGCGCGGAACACGGGUCAGGGCGGGCAGCAUGGGAGAAGAGGGGAGCAGCAGAGGCGUGGGGAGGAGGGGCAGCAGAGGCAGGAGGAGGGAGGGCGAGGAGGGAAGGCGAUGGGACAGGGAAGGGAGGGGAGGGGACAAGGAAGGGAGGGGAGAGGGCAGGAGGGGGAGGGGAGAGGGCGCUGCAGUCGGGAGGGCAGGUGGUGGUGCUGCUGGGAGGGCCGGGCACAGUGGGGCCAGGCAUGGUGGUGGGUACAGACAUGGCCGACUGCCUCCGCACACACUCGGACAUUCUCCUGGACAACACUGCCUACUACCACCGUGCCACGAGAUUCUAUACGCAGUUGGGCGAGCGAGCAGCAGAGGUAUCAGCGGCCAUAGACGUGUUUGCAUGCGCGGCGGACCAAGUGGGAGUGGCGGAAAUGAGGGGCGCCAUCGAGGCGACAAGUGGCACGCUCGUAUUGGCCGACUCGUUUGAGUCAGACAUCUUUGUCAAAUCGCUGUGCAAGCUGUUCCAACGGUCCCAUGAGGGCCCUCUGUUAACUGCCACAGACGGGGUAGUGGAGGUGAAGCUCCCGAAGGAGAUAAAGGGCCCUCUGCUAGCCGCCACAGACGGGGUAGUGGAGGUGAAGCUUCCCAAGGAGAUAAAGGUGAUGGGGGCGGUGGGGGCGUGUGGCAACCUGUGGCGCAAGGCGGAGAGCGUGAGCGAGCACGAGGUGGGGCAGGGCGGCACCGCUGCCUGGCGCCUCUGCUCCCUCUCCCCCCGCUCCUCCUCCCUCGCCUUCUUCUUUGAGAUUGCGCCCCCGAGAGCCCACCAGAUUCCACUGGGCUCGUUUGCGCUGUUCCAGUUCCUCACCACGUAUCGCCAUGGCGAUGGUACCAGGAGGGUGCGUGUGGCCACAGCAGCCAGGCGAUGGGUGCACAUGGGGGGGGAGGGGGGCACUGGCGCGGAUUCACAGGCUGUUGGGGUGGGUGUGGCGGAAGGGGAUGGGGAGCUGGUGGUGGGGGGCGUGCCGGGGGGAAGGGCAGCUGCAGCACUGGCGGAAGUGGUGAUGGGGUUCGACCAAGAGGCUGCUGCUGCUCUCGUGGCCAAGCUAGCUGCCUUCAAGGCAGAGUCAGAGGACAUGAGUGACGUGCUGCGCUGGCUGGACCGCAUGCUCAUCCGCUUUGGAGCCAAGUUCGGGCAGUACAGCCGGGGGGACCCCUCCUCCUUCCACCUCGCCUCCGCCUUCUCCCUCUUCCCCCAGUUCAUGUUCCACCUCCGCCGCUCCAGCUUCCUCCAGGUGUUCAACCACAGCCCUGACGAGACGGCUUUCUUCCGCCUCAUGCUUACUAGAGAAGCUGUUGCCAACUCCCUUCUCAUGGUUCAGCCCGCCCUGAUCGCCUACACCUUCGAAGCGCCGCCACAUGCUGUGCUGCUGGACGUGUCGUCGCUGCAGCCCGACUGUGUGCUGCUGUACGAUGGCUUCUUCCACAUUGUCGUGCUGCACGGCUCCACCAUUGUGCACUGGAAGCACCAAGGCUUCCACCUCGACCCUGCACACGCCGCCUUCAGAAAACUUCUGGAGCUGCCGAUGGAAGAUGCGUUGGCUUUGGCCAGCGAGAGAAUGCCUGAGCCCAGAAUCAUGGAGUGUGAACAAGGAAGCAGUCAGUCUAGAUUUCUGACUUCCAGGCUCAACCCAUCCGCAACGCAUGCAAGCUCGUCCAUCCCUUCAUCUCCAUCGUUUGUAGAGGCGGCAAAGCAUUCGCAGCAGUACAUUUUCACAGAUGACGUUAGCCUAGAGACCUUUUCACAACACUUGCAGCGCCUUGCUGUUCAAUGA